AUGACACCGAACACGAGGAGCAGGAGCGAACGAGAAUUCUCUAUCGCCCAUACUAUAUAUAAGUCAGCAAGACAUAGUCUCUCGCUUAAAGUCGCGGGAUUUAGAGCACAGUCGACACUCAGGGAUGUAGAGAUCAAAUCUCGAUGUUAUGGACACUCACUCCAGGAGUCGAGAAAGAGAGGACUAUCCUGUUAUAGGCGGAAACACUAUUGCCAGUCCUAUAGAUGUUACAGAAUCGUCGGCCUUGACUUAUGCGCAUUUGCGGAGUUUGCGGAGAUUUUCAGCGAAGGUUCUACUGUCAAUGGGCAAAUACAGGUUGUGAUAUUUAACAGGACAGUGGCUUCACGUCCAGCAGUUCGCCGUUCCAGCCUGGGCGCGUCCAUGCAAGAUGAUACAACCCUAUCAACAACAUUAGACAAUAUUGAAACAAGCUCACAAGCGAUCGAUACAGACGCAGUUCAGAGCGUCGACUUGGUUCUGCCUGAGGCAGAUCCUGUCAUUCAUGCGUCGCGGGAAUCUCGAGUAGACGACACACAGAAUUUAUGUCAAGAAAAGCGCCGUGUUGCGCUCUCUACUGCAAUCAAAGAUUACGAAUACGGUCCGAAACGCGUUUGUGAUCUCAUUGAAGAGCUAGAAACUCUAAGCAAUGCUCUGCGUAAUCUCAAGCAGAUGUCGAUAUAG